AAAGGAUACCAUUAACUGUCUGGCUACCAACAUCCUUUUAAAAUAUCUUCUUUUGUACUCAACAGAAGAACGAAACUAAUACAGGAACAACUUGAGGUGAAGUGAAGUGCUGCCGGUGGCCAAUCUGCUGUUGCGCGGACUGGAUCAUAACUUGUCAGCCGCUCCCAUUCCUCACAUCCCUCCGCGCUCCUCAUUGUGCUCUGCUGACUCAGUGCCUUAAGCAUCAUCCGCUCUCAACGCCACUGGCACAAACCUCGACCAUUGUGGAAAUUAAUACGGAUUCAAGAAGGGACACCAUGGCCAAAACAGCUAUCGCAUACAAGGAGAAGAUGAAGGAGCUGUCCAUGCUCUCGCUCAUUUGCUCCUGCUUCAGCCCACAGACACGCAACAACCUUGUCUGUGAGUUUGAAGAUAUGGAAGUAAAGCCAAUAAACAAAAGGGCCUCAGGCCAGGCCUUCGAGGUGAUUCUGAAACCACCCUCACCAGUGUCAGACGUGGCCCACAGCAUCACCUCUCCUCCAAAGAAGAGGGAUAUGUCACUGGAUGACAUCCAGAAGAAGCUGGAAGCUGCUGAGAACCGCAGGAGGUCCCAAGAAGCUCAGGUGCUCAAAGUUCUGGCUGAGAAACGUGAGCACGAGAGAGAUGUGCUGCUCAAAGCCAUGGAGGAAAACAGCAACUUCAGCAAGAUGGCAGAGGAAAAGCUCAUUCUGAAGAUGGAGCAGAACAAGGAAAACCGCGAGGCCCAACUGGCAGCCAUGAUGGAACGCCUGCAUGAGAAGGAGCGACAUGCUGCAAUUGUCCGCAGGAACAAGGAGCUGAGGGAAGAACUAAUAGCGUGAAGUUAUCCUCCUCCUCAUACCCUUCAUCAGCCAACCCGUCAUCCUAUCCUGCUCACACACACACACACACACACACUCACACACAACCACUGGUAAACACCAGUCAGAACAUCUAGUAUCACACUCGUAUACUGUUUGAACGGUCUUGCUUGAUUUCAUAGAGUAAUGGGAAGACACAAGUAUUAUUUUGUAAAUACAUCUUUUUUUAUCUCUCACUCUUUCUCUCUAUCUAUCUGUCAGAUUGAAUGAUAACAAAUCAAAUGUAUCAAAUCUCCUCUAUACAUUAUGUUGAUUCUUUCUUUAUUGUUUGUCGAUUUCUCAGUUGUUUUGGUUGAGGCACGUCUGGGUUGAUCAUGUGAAAGGUUUUCGAUGUUGUGAGUAAGCUGCCCGCUUACGUUUGCAGUGUUAAAUGAUGUGAAGUUUGGUGUAAUUGUAAAGAAUGCAAAAAGCUUCAGUGCUCAGGCCCCAGAUUUCCAUUUUAAAACGCAAACCUACCCAGACUCAUGAAUAUAUAGUGCACUUACGUUUAUAUACAGCAUGAUCAAAAACAUUUUCCUGAACAAAUAGCUUGAAAUAUGAGUACUGAAACAAAUAAAAACAUGUUAAUAGUGUUUCAUUUGUGAGCAAAAUGUAUUUUUAGUUUCUUUACUUAUUAUCCUUGCAUAAAAUGAAAUAUCAUGCUCUUGAAAUGUUACGCAAAUCUGCAUGUCGACCUCGGCAAACGUACUCUUUUGUUGGCUGAUGUUUGGAAACACUGCACCCUUUCUGGACCCUUUGGAUGAGAGUCUAGACAGCUUGACAUAGCCUGCGUUAUAUUACAAAAGAAAAGGAAAAAAUAACCAGCCGGAUCUUACCCUGUUGCUCCCUAUGAUCCAGGUUUUCUUUUCGUUGACCUGCCCCGUUCCUCUACAUUGAUUCAGGCCUUCGGCACUCAAGGCUGAUGUUUGUCAUCUGUCUCUAGCAGGAGUAGACAUCUUCAUUAGUGCAGCGGUGUAAUUAAGGGAGUCGUAUAUCUCUGAAUGUUCUGGCAUCUGUCUGGCUUGAUAAAAUAGGUAACAUCUUUACCAGCUGAAUGUAUCCUCAUAUACUCCCAACUACAGCCUUUGACGUGUGACUAUUUUCUAUUUGGUUGAUUUUCGUGCGACUUGAGUGUGUGUGUGUGUGUGUGUGUCCACAUUAGGCUGACACGAGCAUUUGUGUCCUUUCUCUCUGGAAAUGAAGUGAUGCGGAAUAUGCACUGAAUGAUUAUGAUUUUAGUUGGAUUUG